UGUUGAGGUUUGUCGUUCCCUGCAGACAGUUCUUCAAAACUAUUAAAGUGUUUUUUAAAACAUAUUCGCUGGUUUAGAGCUCAGUUUUGCCAACUGUUCUGUGGCUGAAUCAGAAUUACAUAUAGUGUUUCAAAUCUUUGUCCCGGCACGUGGCCCUGAGCACACCAAGACAUCAUGAUGAACCACGCUAAAGUUUUCAAGAAGACGGCUCCGAACGGGAAGCUGACCGUGUACGUGGAGCGUCGGGAGCUGUGGAUCAAGGACGACGGCAUCCAGGCUCUCCACGGCGUCCUCUUCGUCGACGCCAACUACGUCAAGGAAAGGAAGGUCUUCGGCCAGUUCGUCCUGACCUUCCGCUACGGCAGGGAGGACGAGGAGGUGAUGGGCCUGAGAUUCUGCAACGAAGCAUGUUUGCAGGCGGAGCAGCUGUGGCCGAGGCAGAACCCUGAUGAACCUUACAAGAACCUUACGCCCCUCCAGGAUACGCUGGUGAAGAGGCUGGGCGCAGGCGCUGUCCCCUUCUCCUUCACCGUGUCCUCCCUGGCGCCUCCUUCCGUGACCCUCCUGCCGGCCAGAUCCUACGCAGGAGCUCCCAUCGGCACCAACUAUGAUCUGAGAGUCUUCGUUGGCGAGAACCCGGAGGAUAAGCCCCACAAGCGAUCCUCUAUUCGCAUGGGCAUGAAGCUGUACCAGUGCGCGCCAUCUACCGACAGGAGUCAACCCUACGCCGCCUUCUCCAAGCAACUCCUCCUCGCUGACGGACACGUGGAAGUAGAGGCAACGUUGGAUAAAGAGGUGUAUGAGAGAGGGGAGAACAUCAAUGUCAACGUGUCCGUGACCAACCAUUCGUCGAGAAACGUGAGGAGGAUUAAGAUGAGUAAUGGGAUUUCUGGCGAGAACCCGGAGGAUAAGCCCCACAAGCGAUCCUCUAUUCGCAUGGGCAUGAAGCUGUACCAGUGCGCGCCAUCUACCGACAGGAGUCAACCCUACGCCGCCUUCUCCAAGCAACUCCUCCUCGCUGACGGACACGUGGAAGUAGAGGCAACGUUGGAUAAAGAGGUGUAUGAGAGAGGGGAGAACAUCAAUGUCAACGUGUCCGUGACCAACCAUUCGUCGAGAAACGUGAGGAGGAUUAAGAUCCUCGCUGUUCAGUACGUCGACGUGGCUAUGUUCAGCAACGGCAAGUUCAAAAACGUGGUGGCUAUGAUCGACACGACGGAGGGUUGUCCCGUUAGCUCUGGCUCCAGCCUCAAACGCCAGUUCCAGCUGACGCCCGCGCGGGGAGCCAUCAAGAACUGGAUCGCCCUGGAGGAGUUCUACGACCGCGAGAGUGCCCUAGCGUCGACGGUCGCGCGGAACGACCCUCAGGAGAAGAACGUCUUCGCGAUAUACGUCAGCUAUUACAUUAAGGUCAAGCUGUUCACGAGUGCUAUCGGCGGCGAGGUCAGUGUAAAGGUUCCCUUCAAACUCAUGCGACUCCAGCCCGUAGAAACCGACACUCCUACCAACGUCCUACCUGAGGCGCCAACCAAUGGGGCCGCGAUCACUACCUCCCAGUCCAUGUUUGACCUGACCUCGACUGACCAUCGUCGCGGCAGCACGAAGACGCGUAGGUCACCGCCCUCGAGGUCGACCAGCGAGGACUCAGUGAGGUGUUCCGAGAGCCACUCGGCGGCCGAUGCGGAGCGCUUCCGGGAGAGUCUCCAGCUCGAAGGAAGAGGGCGCGGGCGGCUCGUCAACACCGCCAGCUGAGGCUCCUUCGGGUGCAAGAGAGCAAGGGAAAGGACUCCGAGGGUCUUCGAAGCGGUCGGAGACUAGGAGAGAUGCAGGAUAUGUCUUGUUAACUUUGCAGGACCUCGACCAGGCUGAGAAGGAUUCCGGCAGGGGACUUUUUCAUCUGGAAGAAAGGACUCAGUUGGCGAGAUCUUCGUCAGGAGUGAAGGACUCUGUUGAUGGGGGCAGAACUCCCCGGUGAGAGAGAGAGGAGUGAUCCCUGAUCUCAUGGUUGUGCUAUAUCUGUGACAUUCAAAUUUAUGAAAGUAGAUUGAACCAAAAUCCCCUGUAAACAUUUGUAAAAACGUAAAAAAAAAAAAAAAAAUAUUGUGUAAAUGUGUGUAAAAGUGUCCCAAAGCGACUGCUGAGAAAUGUGUUGGUGGUGUACGUCAGAAAACGAGAGAAAAAGAAAAUGAAAAAGUACUGGAGAAUUCAGGCACGGAAAAAGGUCUUUUAUGCAAAGGGAGCUUUUAUUUCAUGGUCUCAUUUUGGAGCCGAAACAUUCUAUUCUUUUGUUUUAAGAUUUUGUUGUAGCUUUCCGUAUUUUAGUUAUAGUUGUAUCCUUAUAUGAUGGGAACUGGACAUUUCACCCGAGAACACUUGGAUCACUAACAUAUAAAGCUAUUUACAAAACCGCGAAAGGUAAUUAAAUAAAAAAUUCCGAUAUGAAUAUAACAUAAAUAUUUGUAGCCACACUGACACCAAAGAAAAUAAAUAAAAGGAGUGACAAAACAUGUCACGAACACAACAAACUCUAAACCAAAACUAAAAAUAACUCAAUACAUUCCAUUGUUGUAUUAUGUUACUUUUCACCGUAGCGUCGUACAGUAAAUGUGUCUGAUAUUCUGUGAAAUAAAACGCCGCUAACCAAUUGCGAAGAGAAAUGGACAAAGGCAUUUACUUAUGCAAUUUCAAUAUGAUGCGCUCAUAUCAGGUUGAAAUUACAUUGUGCCAGAUGAUAUAUAUUUAUGUAUGUACGUAAACAUAUAGAGACACACUUGACAGGUGUAAAUCAAAAAUAAGGGUUUUCCAGUACACUGUAAGAUGUUGUGAAGAGAUGUACAGGUUGUUACUACUUGUUUUUUCUCUCCUUUCCUAUUUCCUUCUUCCUAAUGCAGCCUCUUCCUCCUUCCUUUAACACCACCAUAUGCCUUGCCCUUGAGUGUAUUUACCCCUAAUACAGCUUAAAGGGUCGGCUCACCUUCUAAUAACAAGAUUAGCAUUCGGCAGAAUACAGCUGCAAAGUCGAUCCACAUAACGCAGCUUCCUCUACAGAAAAAAAAAAAAAAAUAUUGCUCUUUUUCCUCUCGCUCAAGAGAUCAAUCUAAAUAAAACUAUUUUAUUUACUGCGCUUCGCUUGGUAGUAGAAAUGAAAAUCUCUAUAUUAUGAUAACGUGUAGAUUUUUCACUCUGGCUUCUUCGCUCUUCACUAGACGGGCCGAUCUCUGAACUGCAGUCCCGUAUACAUGGUCAACAACAGUGUGUCACAUCACGCUUAUAGCAUAUGUAAGGUGGAGUUUAAAAAGAGGUAUAUUUCUGAUAGAUUGCUAGAGGCUUCUUUAUAUGUUCAUUAAGUAUCUGUUUGUGUACUACAGUAUUUUAUGUCGUCGAUAAGUUUAACAUCAAUGAAGAAAAGUGAAAAGCUUCCCUUUUCGUGAGGGAAAAAUCGUUAUGAACAACAAAUAACGAGUAUCUUGCAAAGACAUAUCCAAGGGCAAUAAGAAAUAAAAUGGACAUUUCACUACGGUUCUGAACUGUUUUCUACUUGAUUAUAUGUCUUCCUUGCUACAAGCAAAAUAGUGAUAAAGAAGCAGAUCAUGGAAUGAAGAUGAAGAAGAACGAACGAGAGAAGUGAUAUAUAAAUAUAACAAAUUACAAGAAAUAUACGAAAUAUACAGAAAAAAAAAAUCUGACCUGAAACAUGGUUUUCCUUUUGUUAGUUGAAUAUACUGUGUAUAAUAGUUAUCACCAUUAUAAUUACUUCCACCUUCUUUAGUUAGAGUCAUCUUGAAUAUUUUCAUUCGCUUUUUCUCUUCACGCAUGAUACACACAAUGAAAGUGUGUGAGUACUCACAUGUGCACACACACACACACAUACACACACGAACCAGAACAUUAACCAUACUCAUGAUAAUGAAACAUAAAACAAAAAAAUAAAGUUCGUAUUUUUUUCUAGAUGUGAAUGUAUUUUACUAUUCGCUGUACCUGAAAGAAGAAAGUGUUAAGAGCUGAUCUAAAUAGCGCAAGUGUUUAAAAGUGUUUCCAAUACUGUCAUCGCCAGUUCCUAUUGCAACUUGCUAUUGCAUAUUAUAUCUACAUAUAAAGUGGAAGCGGUAUCAUUUUGAAGAAAAGAUAGAUAUAUUCCCAGUCAAUUAGUGAUGAUUUUUUAAGGAGACAAUGUUCUACAUCAUCUGUAGACUCAUCUCUUACCUUUGCAAUAAUAUCCACUCACAUCUAUAUCAUAUAUAUAUAUAUUUCGGUAAUACACAUUUCAUUAAAGAUGUUCAGUAAGUGUACCAGGAGUAAUAAUACGAUAACAUUUUGUCUAUCAAUGUAUGGAAAAGAAAAUAUGGCUAUUUUCAUGCGUCUAUUUCUAUAUAAAGUGCCUGCUGCUAAAAUAGAAAAAGAGAGAAAGACAAAAUAUAUAAUAACGAUACCAUGCCUCGAUUAGUUGCAAAGUACACCUUAGUUGCAAUAUUGCAAAAUGCAGUCGCUAAUUCCCUCAGUUGUGUUUAGUAGCUGGUCCUGUUAAAAAACCCAAGACUCUAUUGUGUAUGCAUUUAUAUUCACCUCCUGAAUUAAAAUCAGUUUUCUCUAUAGUGACUCUUUGGAUUCUGCGAGGUCCACAGGCUUCUAUAAACUCAUAAUGAUAACGAAUAUAUAUUUUGAAGAAGAAGAAGAAGAAAAAUAUAUAUGUGUAUAAACAGUGUCUUCGAGAAACUAUAAUCUCAGUGUAAAGCUGAAGAGGCUCUGGGGUAGAAACUGUAUGCUGCUGCUAAUACUUCGUAGAAUAUUGGAAUUAAUGAUAAAUACUGUGGCAUUCAAGUUAUUUUGCGAAGUAUUAUUAGGUUACCUUCCUCAUAAAGAAUGAAAAUUAACAGACGUGAAAAUUAUACAUAAAGAAGUGUCAAGAAAUGACAUAUGAAUGUCAUGCACUUGGGUUUAUUUUCCAAUAAAACAGUCAACAUGU